AUGCCUCGAGAGACCACAAAAGUAAUUUUAAGAAACCGACAAACACGUCCUGAGAGUGUAAUAAACGCGAGCUCCAAUUUUCCAAUUCUCUUAAAUCAACCGCCGACUAGUUUUUGUUCUUUUGUGCUCCACCUAUCAUCCUAUAUGCAUAAUAUUUGGAAGGUAAUUUCUAACUUUCGGGUUACAAUUGCUGUGGACAUAAUUCUUUUAAAUGUAAAAAACAAAAAUAUGUUUUAGACUUUAAAGAAAAAUAAAUUAUAUACCGCUAAAUAACUUAUCAAUAAUUUAUCUAUAUCAAAACAAUAUAAUUCAAAUUACAAAAAAAUUGUAAAUAUUAUUUAAUAUUUAACAAAUGUAUGUUUUUUAAGCAAAUUAUUAAUUUCACGCUUAUACAUUGUUUCAAAAAUAAAAAUUGCUUACGAAAAACGAUUCUGUAUAAAACGCGGAGAAAUAAUAAUGUUUUAUUGAAAUGCCAUGGUUUUACGGUUUUCGUUAAUAUAAUAGUAUAAGACUAUACUUUUACCACUAAGUAAAACUUACGGUAAACCUUGUGUAGAAUUUUCAAUCAUAUCUACUCGGCCAAAACAAUUAUAUCCAAAAAUCAUAAACCUAACUGAUCUCUGCAUUUUCAAAUGACAAUAAAUUGAAAAUUCAUCAGAAUGUUUUGGAAAUUGCACAGCUAAAACGAUCAUAUAAUGUAUAUGGAAUCGGUGUGAUUUGCAGGCGUCUAUAAUUAUUUUUAACCGAAUUAAACCGGAAAGAAAACAAAAUAUAAGACAAUGAAACUGUAUUACUGUACAUUUCCCUGCAUUAUUUCCCUGAUUUUCCCAUUUAUUUAGAAAACAUCAAGGAAAACCAAAAUACUACCUGCCAACUACCCACCAAAACGAGAAAACAUUUUCUUUUAAAAAAUACGCUAUACUUGAUAAAUUGAUUUUUGGUAAAAAAGUUGUUCACAGAUGUGGAAAAAACACAUACUAACGUCAUAGGAAAACUAAUUUUAUGCUAUGCUCAAAAUCUACAAAAAAAAAAAAUUGAAUUUUCAAAAUUCUUAGUCAGAUAUUUUUGCGUAUACAUGAACACAUUAUAUGCACUUUACAUAAUAUAUUAUAUUUAUCUAUUUACAAUAUGAAUUUACAGUAUGAAUGAUAAAAAUAAUUAUGGAAAAAUGUGCCCGUAUCGUGUAUACAAUAUAGAAUAUCAUUCUUAGGUAAUAACGAGUAUAAUAUUUUGUACGUAUAUGAUAUUAUACACAAUAUACGCGAUAAUAUGUUACAGAAAAACCUAUUUUAAUAUAAUUUGUACGAUAAGGUAGUUCUUCAAAGAAUUGUAAGUAUUACACAUGGGUAGAAAAAUUUUUAAAAAAAAUCAUCAAAAUCUUUGUAGUACCUAUACCUACCUAUAUUACAUUUGUGUAUACCUAUCUAAAUACACACGAGUUUAUUUUCCCUGUCGAUCCUAUUACGUAAUGGAUUUACAUAAUAUAGCAUAUAUCUUAUAUUCAGUCUCUUUUGAUCUAAACGUAAAUUAUUUUAGAAUAAAUAACAGCUGUACUGAUCACACAUAUAUAUAUAUAAACUAUAGGAAAGCACAUAUUAUUGUAUAUUUUCUGCACCAAAUAUUUAUUAUUAUAUUAUUUUAUUUAAAAAAAAAAAAAAUCACUUGUAUAGCACAGAUAUGACACUAUUAGAGUAGAUUAAUUUAUAUAUUAUAUCCGGUGGCGCAACCGGGAUUCAUUUUCGAGUGAAGUAAGGGGGUAUAAAUUUCAAACGAAUUUCUGGAAACAUGUUUGGAUUAAUUACUAACCAGGUGAAGUGCGCAACGACGUAUUCAAAUUUACGGCGAAAUGUCUGAAAUUCAAAUACAAAUUUAUAAAUUUAUGAAUUUGUACACGAAAUCUCAUAUCUCGGGAGGGAAGGUGGUUAUAACCCCCCUCCCAGGUUGCGCCACUGAUUAUGUCUAAAUAUGAGUUUAUACACAUAUUAUGAAUAAAAUGUAGUAAAAAUCAUAAGUAUGAGGGUUUAUCGUCAUUUUUGAGUUACUCAACCUAUACAUAUUACAAUAUAUUAAUGUUUAUUAUAACGAAUAUAUUAUUAUAAUAAUAUUAUGUAUGCUCCCUUUUAUAUGUAUAUAUAUACCAGUGGCGAACGCAGGAGUCGAUUUGGAUGUUUUGUGUAUGAAAUUUUAAAUAAUAAUUUGAUUUAGAGUAAUAAGCAAAAUUGUACACUUUUUUUUUUCCUGCGUUCACCCCCGAUGUAUGUUAUGAAAUCUAUAUACCUAUGCCUAAACAUACUUAUGGUUGCUGUGUAAGGAUUGAUAAUACAAUAUUAUACAAUUUUAUAUUAUUUAUAACAUACAAUUGGGAUUGUAUUUAGGUUGCUUGGAUUAAAGCCGAUACAAAAGCCAUAUUAGCUAUUCACGAACACGUUAUCACGAACAACGAAAGACUGUCCGUCACCCACAACGAUUAUAAUACGUGGACAUUAAACGUCAAGACGGUUCGCAGGGAAGACCGUGGCACUUAUAUGUGUCAAGUCAAUACGGACCCGAUGAAAAGCCAAGUAAAAUUUAUCAUGCUAUGAUAUUUGAUAUAAAAUUGUCUUUUAUUUUUUUAAUUUUGCUGACAAUCGUAUUAUAUAUCAUACGUACUCUAGAGUGCUUAUCUAGAAGUAGUAAUACCACCGGACAUCGUGUAUGAAGAGACUUCCGGGGACAUGAUGAUACCCGAAGGUGGUUCGGCCAAGUUGGUGUGCAAAGCAAGAGGAUAUCCCGAGCCGAACAUAAUAUGGAAAAGAGAAGACGGCGGUGAAAUCAUCGUUAGAACAACAACGAGCCCGAACGCGUCGUCAAAAACUAAAAGUAAAAGAGUCGAUGUUAUAAUAGUAUUUUUACUACAAAAAAUACAUACAUUUAUUUUAAUUUGGGUUAUCAGCAUUUAGUACUAAACAAAAUCGUUUCGAAUGAAAUUUAAAGUGUCAAUUGAUAAAGGUAUUAACUAAAUUUUUUUUUUAAAUGUUCAAGAGGAUGAUUUUUGAUGAACAAUUUAUCAUAACCCCUUACCCACAGUAAAGAACGACAAAUAGUAAUCGGUAUUAAAAUACUAAUAUAAUCGAAUCUAAUUUGAAAUCAGUUUUAUCAUAAUAUAAAACCAAAAAAUAAAUUGUAUUAAUUAUAUAUGCUAUAACAUUAUAACAUAUCAAUUGAAUAUCUCCAAAGAUAUAUACAUAUAUAUAUAUAUAUAUAUAUAUAUUUUUUUUUUAAAAAAAAAACUGCUUGAUAGCUUUUAUUAUAACAAUCUUUAGCAAUGCAUUUCAAAGGUGCACAUGAAUACUCUCACUCCCAAUGGAAUGGACUCAGUCUAAAAUAUAAGUAUGUUUUUUGUUCUGAAAUGUUAUACGCGUUUGUAGUAAGUCAAAACGAGUCGAUUUAUGAAAUAAAUAUGGAUUUUAAAAAGAAUAACAGUCAACACUUUUAUUCAUUGACCCCCUUUAACUAUUAUUAAUACCUACAAUUAUGUCUAAUUAAUUGCAUAGCCAAGAGACGGAAGGGGCUAAUCGACUAAAACUACUCCAUGGCACGUGUUUAUAUAAAAAUAUAGUAUGUACAUUAUUUUACGAUUCCAGUGAUAAUUACGUUUCCAAUUAUUUUUCCACUUUUAAAAUAAUGAUUUCUAUACUGAACUGUUUAGAAAGAGCGCUAUGUCAGAAAAUAAACUCAAUAGAUUAUAGCCAUGGCCCACAGCUAAUAUUAUAAAUUUAAAAAAAAGAAACUAUUAAUGAAAAUGAUAUAUAUACUGAUUUUGCAAAAAAAUCACUUGGAAUUCUCCUAGAAUGCAGCUGUCAGAGGAACUUAUUAAAUAUUUAUGCAUAUAUAGUUACAAGAUAUGUCAAGAUAUUAUUAUGCGUAUUAUAUAUUCUCAUUUAAUUAUUAAGUUUCUUUUUUUAUCAAUUUUUGGUUAAAGUAUUAUAUUGAUGUGAUAAAAACCCUUUUCAAAUUUUGCUAGCGAAUUCGAACUCCCCAAACCUUUAUCACUCACGCCCAUGAUUCAAACAAGAACAUAUAUUUUUUUUAAUUUCAGAGACAGCGGUAGAAGGCGAAUCUUUACUUUUAUCAAAAGUGACAAGAUCAGAAAUGGGCGCAUAUCUUUGCAUUGCGUCCAACGGUGUACCGCCAUCGGUUAGCAAAAGACUGAUGCUUCACGUUCAUUGUGAGUAUAAUAUUUAUAUGAAUUAUUCAUUAUGUAUAUUAUAAUAAAUGCAUUAUAUAUAUAAAUAUAAAUAUAUUAUAUCUAUGUAUUCUUUAUGCACAAGCAAUGUUGAAAAAUUAUUUUCGACGGUGUAAAAAGAAAAAUCGACGUAAUUUCCUUGCCAUCCCCUGGCGACCGUUCAACAAUAGCGUAUCGUGGAAACAGAUUGAAAGUUUUUUCGUCCCGAUAGGGUUAGGUCUGAUUGGCAUUUAUCACCGAUAUCCAAAACGGUUCUGCGAGUACAAAAGAGCAUUAAUAACGUCCAUCUCUCUAUGUAUACUAUCAUUCUCUCUGGCUAUUUUUAAAAUAAAUAUACAUAUAUAAUAUAUAUAUAUUGAUUCAUAUAUGUAUAAUAUAGAAGCCGCGAUAUACAGUACAGCAGAACGGAAUCGGCUGUCGGCAAGAGCUAUUUUUUUUACUAUAGGAAACUCAUCAAAAAGCGGAGAAAAAAAACUGUAAAAACUGUGAGCCCUCGCAAACCUUUUUUUUUUUUUUUGGUAAAAGCGGAAGAAGAGGUGGUGGUAGAGUCGAUAAAGCUUUGUUGAUGAUACCUAUUGUGUGCUAAGCAAAUAUACACGAACAAUAUAGUGCGGAGUUAAAUAUUAAUUGUUUAAUACGAUAAUUUACGCUGAGCAUUUCAAAUAUCGAAAUUAUUUAGUUUUGAAAAAAAAAAACUAGUUUACGAAUCAAGUUACAUUUAGAAAAUGGCCAAAUUUAUACCUAAAUAUAUGUUUAAAAAAAUAAUAAAACACCCAAAUGUUUUUCAUUUAACUAGAUCAAAUUGUGUUGAGUUCCGAAAAUAAUAUGACAUAUAAAAAUACAAUUUUUUUUAUUAUUAUUUACUAAUAAAUUACAUAUAUAAUAUUUAUUUCAUUAUAACAAAAAUGUUGAAAUAAAUUAACAAAAUAUUUUAAAUCUAAAAAACUGUGAUAAGUGAUAACAUAACUAUUGAUAUUACUAUCACUCUUACUAUUUAUGUUAAUAAUAUAAUUUUGCAAUCAGAUAUUAACCUCAUAUCUUUUAAUUCUACCCAUUUCACUAAUUUAUGUUUAUCCUUCUCAGCCACAUGUUUAUCUUUACUAUGAUACACAAAUGUACGCAUUGAUACAAUAAAUGGUUUGUUGCUAACUAUAAAUUACUAUAAAUAACUAACCUAAAUUACCUAUAAAUAACCGAAAAAAAACUAUAAUUUACAAAACUAUAAUCAUAUGUAUAUAUGUAUAAUAUCUAUAAUACUUUCUACAUAAGAAUUAUUUUCCCUGUAUUUUUCUUGGUUUCUAAUAGGAGGACUUGGGAGGGUUUAUCUCCCAAAACUCAGCCAAGCACUCUCAAAUCAAAUAAUUAUUAAGUAAACAUAAUAAAUAUUUAUCAAUUUAUAGGGGCUUAAGCACCCUUCAAAAUAUUUGGGCUAUUUGCGGUUAUGUUUGUUGUGUUAGGUAAUUUUUUUUCCGUAAAUACCUAUAUUAUGAUCGCCAAAUUCAAAUAUAAACUACACCUUACUUUUUACAUAAAUUUUUUUUCUGCUUGAAAACUAAUACUUAAUCACUAGAUGGUACACUAUUAAGAAAUCCAUCGUGCUAAAAGUCAAAAAUCGAUUUGCCAAACAAAUUUAAAAAAAUGUUUUCUAAUGCAAUUUUAGGAUUGUUUUGGUCUAUAUUCAUAUAUAUAUGUAUAUAUACACCGCAACAAUCGCAUUAAAUAACGUAACUUGACAACAUUAAUAGCGUAUAAAAUGCAAACGCAUUUGUCACCACUACACCCCAUCGCAGCGUAUUAUCAUUGGUGCAAACGAGGUGAAUGGUCAAUAAUUAAUUAGGGAAGGGUUAUACGAGUUGUCUUGGUCGUGACGAGACAAACGUUAAUCUGUUUGGUGGUAUUGCUGCUGUGCAUAGAAUGUGUUGUUUAAAAAGGCAGUUCAUUAGAGUUCCCGUUGACGUUUUUGGUGGCCGCGCUAUAAUGGAAUUUGUCCUGGCUCCGGGAAUAAAUGGUCGUCGAACAAGCCUCUCUCACCCGUCCACUACUAUCAUCAACUAUACGGUCGGGGGAAGACAGAGGAUACUGUAUAUUAUUAUAAUAAAUUCGUUUUCGAAACUGUAUUAUCGCCUGUUUCAGCGUAUAUAUAUAUAAUUUAUUUAUUCUUAAAUUACAUUUCGGCUCACCCUUUCAAUGUAUCCAUUAAAAAAACCUACAUCAAUCAAACAUAUUAUAUUGUUCGAGUUCACUUUUAACCGAUGAUUAAUUUGAAUCGCUUUACCAAAUGUUAUUUUAUUUUUUUUUUAAAUAACUGUAUCGCAUAUUUUAUUCGUACAAUAAAUAUUUUAAAACUAUACUAUAAACUGUAUCGACCUAUGAGGUAGGUAUAUAUAUUAUAUAAUAUACAUUAUAUCAUAUAUAUAUAUAUAUAUAUAUAUUAUGUAUGAUGUACGUUUUUUUUUAUUAAUAUUCAUCAAUUUGACGUAUUAUUUUGCAAAUGAAUAAUAAUGAUAUAUAUUUCCACAACGAUAAAAAAUAUAAAAGGUCAUACAUUUUCUCAAGUAUAUGCCAAUCAAUCGCUUGAAUAAAAGGUGUAUAAGUUAUUUUUAAUUGAGUCGUGAAGGUAGGGUAGAGUAUUGUAAAAUAAAUUUAAAUGACAUUUAAAUAUACAAAUUUUCAAUUAUAUAUUGUAGUAAUAUUAUAAUUUAAUUUCCGUAAAAAUAAAAUAGUUAUUUAUAGUGUCCUUAACGUAGAUUAGGUACCUACUAUAAUAAAUAAUAAUAUUUAUCAAUAUUGUUAGGUACGAAUCGUAUGUGCAGCAAAUAUUGCCUAUUUUAUAAUAUCGUAUAAAAAGUGUGCUUCAAAUUAAUCAUCACUAUCGACAUUUUAAAUUCAAUUUUUUAAAAGCCCACAGUAAUAAGAUUACUUAUACGUCAAUUCAAAAAUAUUUACAGAAUAAUAAAAUUAGGUACCUAAAAUUAGGUACCUAACCUAACCUAACCUACCUGUAGUAAAUAUUAUGGAUAAUGCAUGAGUGUUAAUAAAAUACAAAUAUUUUGGAAUUUACCGAAAAAAUAAUUUCGAUAAUAUAUUGUACCACGUACUAAUUAUUAUCUUAUUUGCGAAAUUAAAUAAGGAAUUUAGUUAACGAGUUUUUAUCAAAUUAUAAAAUAAAUAAGUUUAUUCACUAUUAACUUUAUUUUCUACUUGUAUAUCUAUUGGCGAAACCUUUCCAUGCAUUCUAAUUACUUUGAAAGUUGUUUAAUCAUACCCUAUAUGCAUAUACAUCUCAGUACAUUUUCAGCAUACCUAAAUACCUACUUUAUAUCGCACAUUUAUUUAAAUUAUUUUUAAUAAGACUACAAAAACACCUAAAGAAUAUGAAUUCGUUUUUUUUCUUCGUGUAAUUGGUCAAUGAAACAUGUCACAUAUUUACGAUAUUUUCGAAAAUAUAAAGUUAACGCCCAAGUACCCAAUAACCAAUAUACAAUGCUUGUAUUUUUGUGUUAAAUUUCAUUUUUAAUCAUUAAAGAACUAUAUUAAAAAAUAUCUAGAAAUCUAAAAAUAGUAAUACCUACUAUGCCUACCAACCUAUUGUUUGAAACAUUUUUAGAAAAAAAUGUACAUAUUUUAAAUAUACUACUCGUACUAUUUAAUCAUUUUUUUUCAUAAUUAUCAACUCAAAUUUACCUACAUGUUAAUAAAUUAACUUUUUCAAUUUUUUAAUGUUUCAAAUAACUCAUUGUAAUUAUUUUUUGUGUGCAUAACACAAACUGUUGAAAUCUAUGAACACUAAUAAUACCUAUUAUAUACUUUGAUAUGAAAAUAAGACGGCCAUAAGUGAAACUGUUUUGUAUUUUUAUUUAUAAUAAAAUAAAAAUAGUUGACAAAAUAAAAUUAUAUUGAAAUUUAUAAGUCUUUAGUUCAGAUAUAUUUUAAAUAUAAAGUAGAUAAUAUCAAACACGAUUCGGUAUUGUAUAUUUAUAUUGACAUUUUUAAUAUUAAAUAUACGAAACCAGAGUUAAUGUAUAAUUUUAUCUGUACAAAAACACCGAAAACCUACUUGUAUCCAUCACAUAAUAACUCGAAAAUUGAGUUAAAACUUAACCACGAUACGGUAAAAUAGAAGCCUGCAGUAGGUACUACUUUUAAUUUUAAACAUAAUGAGAACCUAUUUAUCCAUAAAACCAAUAUUUAACAUAACUUAAUUUUUAGAAGCUUGCACCGAAGGUCAAUAUAAUUAAUGUAAAACCAAAAAAGAAACAAAGUUUUUAUAAAAUAUUCAAACAUUUAACCAAGUAUCACUAACACCGGACAGAUGCCAAGGGGACACUUGCAUAAGUAAUGGAAAUCGAUUUUGUAAUCUGGUCUCACGGAAACUUUCAGAUUUUAAUUAAAAACUUCAUCUGAAAGCCGACGAAAUUUGUUACUUUUCAAUUUCUCUAUAGUACAACCCUAACAAAAAUAAGAAAUGAAUAAGCGGGUAGGAAAUGAAUAUUAUUUCGAAACAAAAUGCAAUAUUUAUCAAAAAGUUGGUACAUCCGAUUUGGCAAAUUAACAUUGCAAGUCCUGAAAAAAUGUUAAAAAUAACCCAAAACAACUUUUCGAUAAAACUGAAUAAGACGGUAUUUACAUAUUUGUUAGAAAUUAAAUUCCUGUAAAACAGUUUGGCGAAUGCAUGCUGUAGUGAAAUGUAUAGCAAUAAGCAUUCAGUAUUGAUAGGAAUAAAACGAGGUAGAAAUGCAGUGAAUUUAUUUAUAUUAUAUAAACUCGCUUUCCUCGAGUAUAAUUUUUUUUUUUAAAUAUAUAAAUGAUAAAAUACCCUGAGACUUAUGUAGACACUUAUUAUUAUUUACAGUUCAUCCGUUGGUACAAGUUCCAAAUCAACUAGUGGGAGCGCCUCAAAAAACGGACAUCACACUUCAAUGUUACGUAGAAGCUUCGCCAAAGUCAAUAAACUAUUGGACUAGAGAAUCGGGUAAAAUAUAAUAUAUUUUACAUAUUAUGUUCAUUGGUUAAUAUUAUUAACAAUUGUUAUAAGAAUAAUAAAAUAAAUAUAUACAGAGUGAAUGGGUAAUUAAUAUAACGUAAGAUACUCAAUAUCUCGGAAAUGAUUGAUAUAUUUUUUAAAAUUUCUAUUUCAGAAAAUUUAUGAAAAAAAUAAGUAGCUCUAAAAUCUUACAUUACAGUUUUAAAUUGUAAACGAAGCGAUGAAUGUAUUGGUUUUACAAUAAUGUUUAUUUUUUAUUUUUUUAUACUGUGCGUGAAAUUUCUACCAAAUAACUUACUCCGAUAUAUCAAGUGUAGCACCUUUUCUGAAAAUAAAUAUUGUCCAUUUGGUGCUUUUAGGAGCUCAUUUUUUUGAUUUUCAAAGCGGUUUUUAUAAUAAUAUGGAAAACCCGAAAAUAUGAAAAAUGAUGUCAUGCAUAAAUUAAAAAUAUUACUCUAAUAGAAAAAUAACAAGAUGCUUUUAUUGUGAUUCUAUUAUUUUAAAGUAUGAUUUUUUUCUUGUUUUUCAGUAAAAAUAUUCGUAGAGACUUGACAUUUUGACAGAAAACUUAUAUUUUCAUUUUUUAGAAGUAAUAAAACUCAAAUUAUUUGAGUCAUUUUUUAACUAUUUAGGGGCACUUUAAUUUUACGAAUGUCUAUACGUAAUAUUUAUUUGGUAGGCACUCUGUGGAUAAAAUUAUUAAACUAAACAGAAAUGCUUGAAAAUUUGACACAGGAAGUUCAUUUUAAGUAGUAUUUAGUGAUCAGAAAUAAAAAAAAUUCAAUGUGUAAUAUAGUUUUUUUUUUUUUUUUUUAUAAAAGUUUUAAAAUCAAAUUAUAACGAAAAUCAUAAAUAUUACGGCCUUUCAAAACAUGUAUAACCGAACUUCGCUCUAAAUCGUUUUUCAUUAGCAAUGGUCUAACAGUAGCGCACCUGUUUCCAUGUAUCAGCUCUGUUUUAAAAAUAAUUUUGCCAUUUACCUACAGGUUUAAAUUCUGAUGAUACAUUUGAGAUAUGGCCACUGUCGAAUACAAGCUUGGGAAUUAGGAAGCACUUGGUAUAGUUAUCGCGUCUAGUAGUAUCGAAUAUUUAAAAAUCGAACAAAUAGGUAAACAUAAUCUCAAGAUUACCAGCUACAACACUGAUGUAUAGUUAGGAAUAAAUGAAGUAUUUUAAAUUGGCCAUCAUUAGUAAAACGAAUCAAACUUUGACAAAAAUGUAUAUGACUGUCGAAUGGUGAAAAAUAGUCUAAAAUAAAAAUGGUAACGUUAAAAUUACCUUUAUAAAUAUUUGUAUUAAGAUAAAUUGUCGGUGGAAAAAAUUAUAAUAGAAUUAAAAUUUCAAAUAGGGUGUCUAGUAAUUUCAUCCCCAGACAUAUGGAAUGACAAAAAUAUUAAAAUGAUACAACAUUUUAGAACCACUUGUUUUUUAUCAUAGAUUUUCAAAAAAUAAUAAUUCCGAGAUUGUGAGUAUCUUACGUAACAUUGAGUAUCUUACCUAACAUUGAGCUGUAUAAUAGGUAUUUAAUCGUUUUUUAACCUACAAAUAAUUCCAAUUUAUUAAAGGAAUACCUUCAAUAAUCUAUUUAUGUAAAGGCUAAUGUAGCUCUAUCAGAUUAUUAUAAUAUUAAGUUCAAUAAAUGUCAAAGGUAAAUAUCUGAACCAAACCGUAACAGAAUCAUUUCGAAAUUCUAAUAAUACCUAUUGAAAUUGGAAUUGAACCGAUAAUAUUAUUUUGUUUUCCGAAUACAAUUUGAUAUUUCAAAUGAUACUUCAUUUCAGAUACUGAAUUGAUGCCAUGUUCUUAUCAAACAUAAUUUUCAACGUAGACCCAAAGAUUUGUGCAGGGUUAUUAUAAUGUAAUAAACGGAGUAAUAAUAAAUCUACAAUAUUAUCACAAUCCGCAUACAUACGGUUUUUCCUUGAAAACAAAUCAUCAGACAUCAACAUUCAAAACAGACAAAAAUAAAAAUUGCCAAGUAGAAGAUAGAUUAGUAAUAAAAACUUUAUAGCUGAUUAUUUUUCCGGGGGAUAGUAAUAAAUAAUUUAUUUCAAAACUGUAAAGAAAACUACAAUGAUUGACAAUUGAAAGUAGGUACCUGUCUGAAAAUCAAAAUAAAAUACAUUUAGAAACUAUUAGAACCGUAUUAUAUAUUUUUCUUUCGGUUCUGUUUUGCUGCAGUUUAUGAUACAAGCUGUAACCGUCGAUAACUUUAAGUUAAUUUUGUUAUGUAAUAGGUAACAGGAAACAAAUAGGUACAUAAGUAUUUAAAAAAAAAAAAAUUAUAAUUGAAGUAAGAUUAUUUUCGAAUCAAAAUACUUAUAUAAUAUUAUGAUAUUACGUUUAUUAUGUAUGUGUUUUAUGCGAGAUUUUUGACAUCGGUAAUAUACGAAUAGCUUUUACGAUCCUUGAAUUGUUCGAAUAAUUUCAGUAAACAGUUUUAGAACCCAAAAGUGUACCGAAAAUACCGCGACCAUGAUAGUAAUAAUUACUAAAUACAGUUGAUUUCUAAGUAUUUUCCAUUUUCCUUAAAUUCAAAUGAUAAUGAAAUUAAUGAAAUACCAUAAUACGAAAAUGCAUCGUAGAAAAUUAUAACGUUUGUCAUUCGAAAGUGAAAAAAAAAAGUUCGAAUUAUGAAUGUGGGCCUGCACUGUUGUAGGUGAGAAGUUGGGAAGGUACAAGAUUAGGUAUUAUAGGUUAACAUGGUUCGAGACUUGUAGUAUUUGCUUAUUUUUUCGCUUGACGUUAAAUCUAGCAGAAUACUAUGUAAAUGUAUAUCAUUUUACAACGAGUUCAAAUAUAAAAUAUUUUUUUGGAAAUAUUGGUUUUUUCCGCUUUUUUGCAUAUUUUCUACUUUGUACUGCCUAGAAUUUUCACUUUACAAUUUUUAAAUAAUUUCUUAUCUCUAUUCUAUUAUCCAACUUGUAUUUGUUUAUUUUUAUUAUCUUGUUAACUUAGGGUGACCAUACAAAUUAAAUAAAAUUACGGAACACUUGAAAAAAAAUCAAAUUAAACGAUGUAUGAUGAAACAUAAUGAAAUAUGUAUAACGUAUAAUAAGUGAAUAUAACUAAAAAUAUAAUUUCAAAAAAAAAAUAUACAUGUGUUAUAUAAAGGUUUUUAAACACAAAUAAAAUACACAGACGAUUUUAUGUUGUUGAUUACGGUUGGUCAAUGUCUUCUUCUGCUGUUUCGUGUUGAACUAAUUGCAUAGAGUAUAAUUUAUUAUCUUUUAAUAAAAUAUUGUUAAACUCAUUACAAUAAUAGUUCGUGUAACAAUAGUGUUCAUCGCCUAUUAUAUACCGUGUAUAAUACAAUGUACCCGCUAGAAUGGUCAAAACAAUAACCCAAAAAUACCAUUGUGAAAUAGAAAUUUUAUUUAAUAAUAUGUCAUAUGGGCGUUAAAUAAAUUUCAAAAGUUCUACAAUAUAACAGAACCUAAGUAAAAAGACGCAAGUCUGAAAAAGAUUGCUAAUAAGAAAUUUGUGGUUGUUUUUUUUUUAUUUCAACAAUUCAAAAAAAUAAAUGCUCUUUAAGUGCUAAAAUAAGUACUUAAAGAGCUUAUUAAAAGCCCUUUUUUUAUCUAUUUUAAUUGCUAUAGCCUAUAAGUCUUAAACCCUGGUAAUUAGAUUUAUAUCAACUAGAUCAAUGGUAAUGAUCAAUCAGUGUAAACAAUUAUAAAUGAAGUUCGGUUAAAUAUGUUUUGAUAAAUUUAAAUUCAAACAUAAUAUACAUUUAUAGCCGUAAAAAAUUAAAACACCAUUUACUCAUUUAAAAAAAAAUGAAUUAGGUACAAUAUUUUUAUCUGCAUACAACCAAAAAAAAAACUCAACCAUUUCCAAUGACUAUAAAUAACAGAAAAAAUGAUUUUAAAUAGUCUAGGAUAAGUAGUACAAAUAUUCGGUAAAAGUUUCAAAUCUACACGAUUAUUUUUAAUUUUUAACUAAAUAUCUAGAACGAUAAUAAUAAAAAAAAAAAAAAAAAAAAAAUGUUUACUACGUAAUAUGAAUUUACAUUUUUCUUUUUUUUAAUUUUAUUUCUUCUUGUCGAAACACUGUUUACGAAUACAAAAACAAAAUCGUAAAAUUAAACACGAUCCGUAAAAAUACACAGCGAAUAAUUCGGAAUUUUAAUGCGUAUAACAAUACAGCAUCAGUUGAUAACAAUAAUAGUUUAUUCGCAAAUUGAAAAUAUUCAUUACCUGUCUAAAUAUAAUACAAAAUAAUACAUACAGACAAAAAAAAAAUUAUUAAAAAUAAUUCCUGCAUAAAAAAUAAAAAUAUCUCCAGCCCCUUUUUUUUUGUGUGUAAUGUGAUGACACACACAAUAGAGAAUACACACAAAGGCCACCGAACGCAAUAAUAUAAUAUUAUUAUUAUUAUUAUUAUUAUUAUAUAUACGAAAAGGGAUGGGUAAGGUGAGGAGAAUGUUCACGUGUGUGUGCGUGUAUGUGAUGACGUGAUGGGUUGUGGAUGGGUGGGGGAGGAUAGAUGGGGUGAGGGGAGGGGAGACAAGGGAAGCGACUAGGUUGACAAUAUAAUUGUAUUGGUUCAAAGGCCACGCGCGCGCUGCCGCCUCCACCGCCGCCGCCGACAAUCGGUGGCGAUGUAAAACCUACAGCCCUGGCCAAUUCUGCUCUGCUCUUGGUGCAGGUCUCCUCAUCCUCUUCCUCGUCCUCCUCCUCAUCCUCCUCUCCGUCCUCUACUACCCCUUCGUAUCCUUGCUCGUUCCCGCGUUCGCUACCCGCAACAGCGUGUCCACCUCCGCCGCACCGACGCCUUUAAAAAGCUCCGACCGUCACCGCGACGGCGGCGUGUACACUUUAUUCAAAGCCAUGCUAAUAAAUGUAAUUUACAUAUUUUUCAAAUAAUUCUAUCCGGUACACCGGGGGUUUGUGGUGUGUGUGUGUGUGUGUAUGUGUGUAGUACCCACCGCCACUAUACACCAGAAACCGGGAAACCACCCCCGCGCACACGAUGUAUACAUAUACCUAUACACCCGCCGUCCUUUCACCACCCAGAUCCGCUAUCACGGGCUUCGUCGUCCGGUACGUAUAGUAUAUAUUAUAUAAUAGUCGGAGACGGAGAAAAUUCAAAUCCAAACCUUUUUAAAUUUAAUUUUUGUAAAAUUCAAAAAUCAAAAUCCUAUAAUUAUAAAAAGUAUUUACAAUGCCAAAUUUGUGAUAAUUCCGUGGUAUACCUACGAUGUCCUUAGACGAUAACUCUCCGAAUCAUACCCGAUUUUUACAAUCACGUACCCAGCAAUUAUCUAUGCAAGAAGAUUUUGAAUAAAAUUCAUUUUAGGUUUUUUUAACUCAUAAACAAUAUAUUGUAUUGUUAUAAAUUAAUAACAUAUUAAAAUACAAACUGGAGGAUUAUGGACGCUAAUAGAGGGGUUUGAGGAAUUAGCCCUCCCCCAAAUCAAGUUCUCACAAGUGAAUAGAUAUUAGAUGGGUACUUAAAUAUUUAAUCAAUAUUAUAGGGCUUUCAGCCCCCUCCCCCUGAAAAAAUAUUUGCGCCUAUAAUAAAGGUUAUCAUCUAUAAAUGAUUAUGACAUUUUUCACCAUUCUUUACUCUCCCUGUCUACAUUUUGGUACAUUCUAUACACAAUUUUUGUUUUUUGCAUAUUAACGCUUUUAGAGAGAUAUUUUUUUUUUUUUUUUUUUUGUAAUAAAAAUGUGGUAGGGAGUGCCAUUUAGAAAUAAAAAUGUAUAAUUUAAGUUGCAUAAGGUAUAACUUAUAAUUUCAAAAAAAUGUGUUAAAAUAAAGAAGGAAAAAACAGAAAUUAAAUUUACUCAAAAAAACAAAUUCAAGAAUAUCGAUUGAACAUGGCGUUAAAAUAAUCAUUCUAUAGGUAUAUCUAUACUUAAUUUGUUUUUAUUUAUCCGGGCGGUCAGUAGUUUCGUGUUCCCGUAAUACUACACACACAUUAUGGGUUGUGUGUUCACGCACUGCGUCUCUCGGGAGGCUUAAAUGCCUCCGGGUCAUUAUCGUGGUAUUAUUGUGUUAACUUCGUCGUUGUCCUACGGUGUUAUAUAUAUAUAUUUCAAUUAAAAACCACUUCACCAGUACAGUAGUAUGAAUAGUAUGAACACGAAAUGUUUGAAAAGCUAAACGCUUUAAAAACUAUACAACAACAAAUCGCCGACAAAACAAUACGUCAUGCCGUUUAUGGUAGUGCCGGAACGAAACGCGGUUUUUCUUUUUAAGAUUUAGAGAUGAGUGUGGUGAAAUCAUAAUGUUUAGUGUCUCCAUAAACCCAUAUCCAUCUAAAAUUUGGCAUCUCAUAAAUUUGUGAAGUUCCCGAUAACCUAGGACAGUUGCCUCCCCCACCCCUCGGGCCCUGGAUGGGUGAUGAGCGUUCAAUAUAAAAACAACCAAAUAUAAGUACUCGUUUAAGAACAAUUAAUUUAGUAAAAAUAGGUGUAAAUAUUUUAAUGGCCGACCCCAAGUAGUUGGGAUGAAGGUGAAGGAGAAAAGAGGAAAAAAUAUUGUGACUGGGAAUAUCGGCAAGUAUUGGUGGUUGGAUUUACUGGGUAUAUUACCUAUAUAGAUUGCAUCUGGAUUAUUUUAGGUUCGUUUCGGCACUAGUUUAUGGCGAUUACUCUUCGAUGGGAUCGGUAGGUAAUAGGUAUAUAGUUAAUGCGGCACUGGCUGACUGUCUAAUACUUGAACUUGUCCCAUAUAUGUUCAAUUAAUAAUUACUAACAUGAUUGACGGGAGUCUAAAAUGCAACGGAUAAAUGAACGGUUUAAUAUAGCGACCCGAUCAGAGGUAACCUAUUUCCAUAAUUUAUAAACAUUAUAUUAACAACUAAUAUUAAUGAGUACCAACUAAGUAAAAGCACUAGUGACCAUAUUAUUAUUAUGAAAAUCAUCAUAGAUGAUUCGAUAAUGUACUCAUCAAUGGGUAAACACGGUGGAAACAACGCGUGCAACAGACCCCGACUUUAUUUGUUAUGACUUUCUGGAUUUCUACUUCUCUGCGAUUUUAUUUUCUGUUCCUCUUCUCACUUUGUAAAAAUCUACUCGAUUAUUUUUUGCACCACUAUAGCCAAACACAAACUCGGUCGGGUGUCCGCAAAACCGUUGUAAAAACAAAAAACAAAUACCUAUCACGGGCAGUGAUGUUCCCGGUUUUUUUUUGUUUUUUUUUUUUGUAAAAAUGUAACAUAACAUCCAAAUUUAUAUCUUUCUUAUGUGCGAUUAUAAUAUUGUUUUUGUAUAGAAAUAGAUACCAAUUAGCAAUUAUACAAAAAAUGAAUUACAAUUACUAAAACAAAACAUUUAACAUUUUUAAAAAUAAAGUACCAGGUAAGAAAAUUAUGACAUUUCAUUUUUAAUAAUUAUUGAAAUAAAUAAAAUUUGUAUAACUAUUUCGGUUUUUUUGGUACAAGUGGUAUAAAUGAGUAAUGAUAAUAUUUUAUCAUGACGAAUUUUUUUUUUACUUUUUGAGAUUACACCUACGCAGUAUACCAGUGAAUUUUCAACAAAAUGUUGAGAGUACACGGCGUAUGUGUACUAUACCUACCAUAUGGGAACAACACCUUGGCGACUAUAUCUUUACAUACCUUUACAAAACGCUUAUUAACUUAUCGUCCGUAUUAUGGGGAACGUAAAACCAUCGGCCAGUUUGAUUUUAACGUCUAUUAUGAAUAUAAUAACAGGUACCAAUACUCACUGUCUCCGACAACGUCUCGGAUACCAUCACUGCCCCCACCACGGCGACUCUCGAUGAUACUUUUUUUUUUUUAAUUUUUUUUAUUUAUAAAAUUGAACGCGUUUUUUAUAAACAAGUACAAAAAAUUAAAAAGGAAUAACCGCGUAAAUACUCAACGUGGAUCGCGACUGUGAACUGAAGUAGUGAACAGAGUGAAGCGAGUAAGAAACGCUGACGGUGACGAAUUGAGACCUUAAAUUUAAGGAAAGCAUAUAUCUAUACUGCAGUUUGGGAGGGAGGACUAAUUGUGUUAACCCUAUUGCCCCCUCUGAUUUCAUCAUUGAGACAAACCGAUGCGAUCGUCGGUACGUGGUAAAAGAAACCAAACGUGAAAAUGGAAAUCCCUCUGGCGACCGUCUGAGUUGAAGAGCUGUAAAAACCAAAACCCACUGUACAAAAUAUUAUAUUCGAUUAUGUUAGAAAAUAUAGCUAUUUUCCGGAGAGUAAUUAUCCGGAUUGAUGAAAACCCGGACCGCAAUAAUCCUAAACGUAAAAACACGGCUGUAUCCGAGUUCCGUUCCAGUAACCUUUUUUUAUACCAAUUCCGUUCUGAUUAAAAAUUGUCUUACCAAUGUUAAAAUAUAUAAAUGUUAAGCACAGAAAAUUCAAACGUAGUAUAUACUUUCAUAAAUACAAAUUUGUUAUUGGAUUAAAUUUAUAUGAUAUAAAAAAAUAAUUAUUUAUACAGACAUUUUUCUAGUCAAUGUUAAAAUAUAGAAAAUGAUAAACAAUAUUAAAAUAUUAAUGUAUACAAAUUCGAUUAUUUAGUGCGAUAACAAAAACAAUAUUAUUUUUAUUUCUAAAUAAUAUAAAAUUUUUACGGUAAUCGUAAAUUGUAUACUAUAUUAAUAUAGUGUAGAAAAUGCAAAACGGGACGGAACUCGUGUAACUAAAUAAAUAACACGACGGAAUUAGUAUAUCCUUAAAUUCAAAUUUUACAUUUAGGACGGAACUCGGAUGCAGCCAAAAACACGGAACGUAAAAGUUCCUAUAAAUCUUUAUAAUCCAGAACGUCUUUCUUACUACCUUGGAAGAAAUAAUAACUUAGAUGAAGAAGAAGUGAUAACUUACCCUAACUUUAUACUCGUGAAAAUAUUUUAUAAACCAUUGAUAAUUUUUCGGAAUAAUAUGUUCCGGAUUAUGGCGGUCCGGGAAAUUGCAGGCCGGAUUUAAAUAGCCCUCCCUACCUAUUGUAAAAUAUUCUAUCGAUGAUUAUUCAAUAAUAGAAAUAAAACGUCGACAGGUAUAUAUUAUAUAAUCGUACCUAUUGUUUCCACUGCUCUCCAGGCCGACAUCCAUUUUUACGAACCACGAUCAGGAGCGGGCACGCAGGAUUGGGGAGAUUAGAGAUUAUACCCUCCCCCGUUGUCCUAAAAAUAUAACAACUAUACUAGUGUUUAUUCAGUAAUUUUAUCUGGAAAUGAUAUAUUUUAAUUAAAUUAUUAAGGGAAAAGCUCGAUUUAUCGAACACGAAGUGCAGCCUUUUUUUUUUUGAUCCGGCAUUUGAAUUCACGUCGACGGACUACGCGUAUAACAGAAGAAGAUAAUACAAAUUUGAAUACACAAGUUCAAACUGUCUAUUUUUAGUUUUGACAAAAAUAUCAACCGUACGAUCUAUACCUCUGCACACUUAUUGAACGAGUUGUUAUUCGAUUGUAUAAUACUAGGUGUAUUAUUUUUUGUAAAUUGAUAUUAAACAAUAUACGAUAAUUUUUAAAAAAAUACAAUUUUUCUAGAAAUUCAAGUUUGGGUAACUCUAUUCCCCCCCCCCCCGGGGGAGCUGUCUCUGAUAUUUAUAAAACUUCAGUUCGUAUGUACCUAUAGGUAGGUAUACUGUUUUGGGAUUUAGAUAAUAAUGUUGAAUUUCAAAUUAUGCACACACAAUACAUAACGAAUACGCGAGACAUACACAUGUCAUUAUACAAAUAUUCUAUUCUAUUGAUAAUAUCGAUGGAUAUCCACAGCAUUAUAAUAUGUACCUACUGGCAACUAGAUGUACACAUUAUUCGAUGGUCCAAAAUAACCGAACAUAUUAUUAUUAGUGACUAGGGAUUUCAGAUCACGAAUUUGAUACCUACAGGAAUGUUCAGAUAAAUCAACUGAACGCAGUUGUUACAUAUGCGAAUAAUUUAGUACGAAUAUAAUUAUUAUAAACUAUAGUUAACCUGUGCGGACCUCAAUAUUCAAACGAAAAAUAUAUUAUAUGCAAUUUUAAAUUAACAAUUCGUCAUAAUAAAGAGGGAACUAACUAAAUCUUUAUAAAAUGAUAUCUUAUUUAUUAAUUUCGGUUGAGUAUAAAAGCAUUGGUACAAGUCAGGUAAGUAUAAGUAUAGGUAAAAAUGGUGAAAAAGAAAUCGUCAAGAAAAAUCGCCUUUUAGAAAUAAUAAUGUGGUGUACAAAUAUUACCAUACCUAAUCUUUAAAUCGCGGAUUUAAAUUUAAAUUACGUUUUUAAAUUCUAAACGAGGAAUUGGUUUUACAAUGAUAUUUAUUUUAUUUUAAAUCUGUCAACAAGUUUCUGUCAGAAAUUCUUGCUUCGAACUUCAAGUUUAGCACAUUUUUUUAAAUGGAAUUUUAUCUAUUUGGUACUUGAUAAGGUCAUUUUUUUUUGAUUUCCCAAGCGGUUUUCAUAAUAAUUGAAAAAAUACGGGAUAUAUUAUUUUCAAUUUUGUUUUUUGUUUUGAUUCAAUUUAAAAUAUUCGUAGAAACUUGAAAUUUAUACAGAUAAUUUAUAUUUGCUUUUCUAGACGUGGUACAGUUUUCAAAACAUUUUAGUCGUUGUUCAGCUAUUUAUAGACAUUUUAAUUUGUCAAGGUUUUUACAUAACUUAUAUUGGAUACUCGAUAAGUACCAUAUAAAUAAAAUUGUUGGAACAAAAUACUUGGAAAUUUACCGAGAGGUUCAAUAUAAGUCUUACUUUAUGGUUAAAAAUAAACUGUGUGUAAAGUAGAAUUUUUUUUAGAAUUUUAAUAUCAAAUGUUCACGAAAAUCGUAAAUAUUACUACCUUUCAAAACAUGUACAACCGAAUUCCGCUCAAAAUCGUUUUUCGUUAGGAAUUAUUAAUCGUUGAGUACAGAUACAUUAAAAUAUGCCCCUCUAUAUACUACCUUUCCAACAACAGUGGCUCACCCAUUGUGCGAAAUAUGUCAGUCUUUUUUUCUGUGUUUUUUAAAUAUAUUUUAUCCUAAUUUAGAUAUUUUCAAUUUUUUUUUAUCUAUUAUCUUUAUCUAGAUAAAUUUACACAUAUUAUCUUUUAUCUUUACCUAGAUAAAUUUUACAUUAUAUUUUCCCAACACUGCUUGUUUCUCUAAUGUUCUAGACAACAAAUUCGGAAAAAAAUUAAUACUUUCCGAGAUAACGAGUGUACCUACUAACUUACAUGGAUCACCUGUUAUACACAUAUGACCUUACGCAAAUUGUUCGUGUCUAUGUUCGUUAUUAGGCACGUAUGCAAUUGCGAUACCCUCGCGAACCAAUACCGACAACGAAUCAACAACUAGUGAUGGUACAAAAAACAAUAACAACUUUUACUUGGAAGAAAAAAUAACAGUUACUGUGACCAAUGACCAUGUUAAUACUACUGCAGAUUAUAUCAAAUUAAAUAACAUAAUCUGUGUUGAUACCAUAUUAUAUCUAUAUUAUAUGAUUACAUCAUAGGAACAUGUUGGUUAAUAGUUAAUACCAGUAACCACCACAACUGCUUAAACUGUUACCAUAAUCAUAAUUAUUUUCAAUUUUAUUUUUCGAAAAUUCCGGGCAUAUUUUAUGACCGAUAGACAAACACGUACAAACCAGUUAGUCACAUAUUAUUAACAAUUGGUUCUUUGGAUUGAAAAAAAUAACAGUUAUUAUGAUUUUUUUUUUUUUAACAUUAACAAUUAUUGAUAACAAUCAUAACUCAUCAAUUUAUACAAUAUAUAACAUCACUACCAACAACUAACAAAUUAUACGAAUACACUCGGUCUGCGUUGUAUUAGUCAGAAUAACAUAUUCUUGAUCUUAAUAUUGUUCUUUUUAUUUUCUCUUUUCCACGGUUUUCCCAUUUACUGGGAGAAUCAAAAAAUGAGUGUCCAAUAAAUGCCCAUAUAAUAGUACAACCCCCAAUCAGAUUUACUUCCAGAAAACGUUAUAUCAUAGUAAUGCGGAGCAAAAUUGUUGGUAGAAUUGACAUUAACAGCAUAAAAAAAAAAAAAAAACGUCGUAUAAAAACUCGCGCCACUCAGAAAUUAUAAUGAGUGUUAUCAAAAAACAUUGACAUUUAUAAUGAAAUUUUAAUUAUACCAACACCUGAAUGUAGAACAUUAUAAUAGUACGUCAUUGCAACGAACCUGCAGAAUCAUUCGUUUACGCAGAACAGAACAGAGAGAGUUGGACGCUCGCUUACCGUUCACUAAGAGACCGCUAAAUAAUUAUCAUCAUUGAAUAUUGGCCCGAUCGGAAUCAGGCCUUUACAAAAAUUAGAUUUCUAGACUCCUUUGCAUGCUCCCCUCCACGGAAAUCUUUAGUAAAAGGCGAAAGAUUUUUUCGUAUUGAAUGGGAACCGGAGUUGUCGUUUGAUCCGUUUCGGGGUACCUAUAUACACGCUUCGGCCAUGUCAUCCUUAUAAGAGGAUUUUAUAAUCGUACUGAAAUACUGCACUCUAAGUCGACUAAACACUUCACCACUUGUGUUAGAAAGUCUAUUAACAUUUCUACAAGCGGAUUUUUCGUGUCCAGAUCAUAAAUUGUCCGGUCGUUAGCCGAGAAAUCGUUCGAACCGAUCGUUGAGGCAUCCAUUUCAAACGGAUGGUGCACGAUCGCGCUAUCUACUGGAUGUUUUGGGCGUCUGUCUACGAUACGAACGAGUCCGGGCAGUCAAUAUUCGUGUGUUUUUCGUACGUAUCGACGGGACUAUAACACGAAAUAUCGAAUGAACAGUGUUCAUAAUAAUUGGAAAAAAACGUAAGAAAACUAGAAAAUAUACGAACAUAAUACAAUUAAUAUUUUCAAUUUUGUUUUUUUUUUUUUAUUGUGAUUUAGUUCGAAAUGUUUGUAAAAAAAACUUUUCUAUCAGAAAUCUUGCACCGGUUUUCAAUUGUAAUAUUUUUUCUGAAGAAAAUUUUAUCUGCAGGGUGAUACUUCGGUAAGAUCGUCAUUUUUUGAUUUUCCAAGAAGUUUUCAUAAUAAUUGUAAAAAUCCGGGAAAAAACAUAAGAAAAACAGGAAAAUUUACGAAAUGUAUAAUUUUCAAUUUUUUUUUUUUUUACAAUUCAGUUAAAAGACUGUAGAGACUUAAAAUUUAGGCAGAAAACAUGUUUGCUUUUUCCAGACGUGGUUAAGUGUUCAAAACAUUUGCGCCAUUUUUGAGCUAUUUAUACUUUAUAGACAUUUUAAUUUUGCGAGUUUUUUGCGCAAUAUUUAUUCGGUAGGUAGUCGUAGGUACCCUGUGGAUAAAAUUGUUAAGUAGACCAAACAGAAAUACUUGAAAUUUAACAGGAGGUUCAUUAUAAGUUGUACUACUAAGUGGUCAACAAGAAAUUGCGAUAUUGCCUUAAUCACGGUACCUAAUAUAGUCAGUGCAGUGUAUAUAAUUUGCAUAAAGCUUACAUGCAAGAUUUGGGAGUGAUUGUCAAGCGAAUUUGUUUGUUUUGUUUCAAUAUCUGCUUUCGUGAAUUGUUUUUAGAGAAGUUUACAAAAACUUUGUUAGGAUAUUAUUUGUGCAUUAAAUCAAUUUUUUUUUAAAGGCAUUUAGAUUUUUUGGAGCGUUUAAAAUUGUGUCCAGCUAAUUAUAUUUUUUGUAUUAUUACAAGUAAGAACUAAUUUUAAAUUUUGAUUGUUUAACCAUGAUACUUAUUAUGUAUGGCGUAUGCUGUAUUUAUUCUUGCUAUCUAUGAACAAGAUUUCGACCAAAACACUUGAUCCAAUCAACACUGGGAAUGGUCUUUAGAUUGAUGUGGUGUGGAUAAUUUUUAUCCAUUUGAUAGGUACCAACUUAUAUAAUGUAAUUUUUUGAAACUCAUUGAACAUUCAGAGAAAACCCGACUCGUUUGAAAAAAUCGUCGGAAAAAUCAAUUUUGUGUUUUUUUUUUUUUGGUAUUCUGAAUGAAGGGAAGUAUAACGUAUAGUAGGUAUAGGUUUAACUAAGUGUUUUGUUUAGACUGAGUGAAUGUAAAUGUAUUGGUUUUGAUGUUUUUGUUUUUUUUUUACCUACCUGUACGUCAACCGAACCCUGCGCUCACCCGAGAGCUGGCAUACAGUAGCUAAUGAAAUGUACACAAUGAUUACGGUUAGGUAUUACAGUGAUCCACAAAAAGCACAGAUCUUAAAACUAAUUUUGAAUGUACCUAUUUUUAAACUAUUAACCGCACUAGUUGAUAACUUUACUUCUAACUAAAGAUGUGGAAGAAGAGGCUAAAAAAUAAAUUUACAAAAUAAAUUUAAAAUGUACGAAUAUGUUUGGAAAUUUGAAUGACAAACUGAGGCAAAUUGAUCACGAACAUAUUUUAAUGUCGUUAAAGAGUGAAACAGUAAACUUAUAAUGGAUAAAAGAAACAAUAAAUGAACUAGGUAAUUCGAUCAAUAGGUAGGUAAUUAAAGAAAUGAGAAACAACGCAUAUCAAAUGGUAAUAUGAUUUAUAAAAUGUUUAAAACGUAGGUAUACUUUUAAAUAGGUAGGUAAUUCAAUAACAUUUAAUUAGUAGGUUUUAUAAUUCAAAUAAGGUAUGUAUUAAUAAAUUAUAUGAAUCGAUAAAAGUUAUAAGUAGGUAUAAAUGCCUGUAUAUUAAAUUACACAUAAAAUGAUUUCAAAUACUAACUAAAGCCCGUAUUUAACGGUAGGCAAUUACCUAGGAGUGGAAAAUUGUUGUAAACCAACAACAAUUUAACUAAAAUGUAUUUUAUCCACGGACGACAGUUUAGUUUAAUGCGGCACUGUACCCACAUAGGUAAUAUUUUUAGAUAGAUACAAAAAUUAAAUAUUCGUACAACUGCAUUCAACAAAAACGUGGGAUUUAUUAAAUUUAAUUUUGGUUACAGGAGAAAUGAUUAUUACAAACGACAAGUACAACAUGACGGAAUUAUCGAUUUCAUAUUACAGUGCUCAAAUGAAAUUGACAAUUAGAAGACUUAGAAAGUCAGAUUUGGGGGGAUACAAAUGCAUAUCUAAAAAUUCAAUUGGUGAAGCAGAAGGAAAUAUUAGAGUAUACGGUAAGAAGGAACCAACAUUUUUUAAUUUCAUAAAAAAAAAAUAGAUUAUAUACAAGUUUAACACUAGAAUAGACGUAUGCACUUUAAUUGGGUAGGUACCUACCAAUUGCUUAUACAAGACAGUACAGAUAUUGUAUUUUCAGUAAUUUACAAAAAUAUCAAUUUUAAUUCUGUACAUAAAUAUAGGAUAUUUUGGUAGAUAACCUCGUGGAUACAAUCAGAAUGUAAUGAAGGUAGCAAGACGAAUGUCCUGUAAACCAUCCAUCAACCAAAUUAGCAUUAUCAUAGCUAUAUAAUAUGGGUGGUUACAAUUGAUUUCUAACAUAAUGUGUACCCAUCACCUAUGUACCUACAUAUUUUAACUACCUACCUAAAAUUCUGGGUAGGCAGUCACCUACAUUCUUACUCCUUCAUUACUAUUUUUGGUUUUUUGUACAAUUCCAUUAGACAUCUGUUAUAUUUUCGUUCAUAAAUGUUUUUACAUUUUUUUUUUUCAAAAAUGUGUUUCUAUUCGAAUACAAAUUUUAACAAACAUUUUGUAGUUAUCGGAAUCUUAAAAUGUCGAAGUACUUAGUUUUAUUCAAUCUACAAGUACAAAAUUAUAUGAAUCAUUAAAAAAUUCUAUUUCCUAGUUACAUGACCCAGGUUUAUAAGAAAAGAAUAACUCGGUAUAUUUUGUAUUUAUAUAGGUAAUUAGAUAAAAUAUUUAUCCCUAAUUUAGUUAUAUCAAUUUGAUAAAAUAAGAUACCUAAUAUUAUAUUUUAUUUACAGAAAUGAAUUUAUUAAAUCCAAGACCGCCCAAUGAUGAUGAAGAGGAAGAUAAUAUCAUAAAUCCUUUUGAUCCCGCUGAAGAAAAUGACUACACAAACGAAAUUAAAAACCCGAGACACAAUUCGUCAGGCAAUACACCAGCGUUGAAAGAUCAAUCGCAUCGUUUACAUAGAUCAUCUUCGAAUAUGAUACGCUACAAUAAUAAUAAUAAUAUAAUUAUCACUAUCUUUUUGUUUAUACCAAUAUCAUUAUUACUAAUGGUAUAAAACUGAACUGUUAUUAUAUACUUACCUAAUCACGGUAUUAGAAGAUCUUGUAAGAUUAUCUUCUGAGACCGUGUGCCUAAAAAUUAAGAUAAACACUUGUUUGGAGGUUGAACUAUUAUUAUUCCAUUUACUUAAAUCGCAUAAUUUCCUAUAGGUACAUUUUCCAUUCUUCCUAUAUUGAUAAAUAGUAUGUUUUAAUCAAAGUGAUAAUCAAACAUAGGUAAACUCUUAAUGUGUGAAUAAUAUUAUAUUAUACACACAAGCAUGUUGUAUAAUAUGUGUAACCUCUAUACUCAUAAUAUCUAAAAAUACAAUCCAGGCAUUAAAGGUUAUCAAAGUUGAAAACAAAAUAAUUAAAAAUACUCAAUAUUAACCAACUAUAACCACAAAAGGCUACUAGGUUAGAUUUCACUACUUACACUUAGUUUAAGCGCAUUUCCAAAAAGUUUGUUAAA